AUGGGCAAGGGUGGCACUGAUGAAGCGUUGUUGUGCUUUCAGAUCAUCUUCUACGAGGAGAGGAACUUCCAGGGUCGUCACUAUGAGACCAGCAGCGACUGCCCUGAGCUGACCUCCUACCUGAGCAGGUGUCACUCCUGCAAGGUGGAGAGCGGCUGCUUCAUGGUCUACGACCGCCCCAACUACAUGGGAAACCAGUACUUCAUGAGGAGGGGCGAUUACGCCGACUACAUGAGCAUGAUGGGAAUGUCCGACUGCAUCAGGUCUUGCCGUAUGAUCCCUAUGCACAGAGGCCAGUUCAGGAUGAAGAUCUACGAGAGGGAGAACUUCGGUGGUCAGAGUCACGAGCUGAACGAGGACUGCGACAACAUCCAGGACCGCUACCGCAUGUCCGACUGCAUGUCCUGCCAGGUGAUGGACGGCCACUGGCUGAUGUACGAGCAGCCCCACUUCAGAGGCAAGAUGAUGUACGUGAGGCCCGGAGAGUACAGGAACUUCAGGGAGAUGGGCACCAGCGGCAGCAGGUUCAUGAGCAUGAGGCGCAUCGUGGAUUCCUGCUAUUAAAUUCUGCAUACUGCAUAAUAAUA